GCACAUUUUCAUAAUCCCUCCCCCUUUUGUGGCUAGUCGCGCUUUUCGAAUAGUACAGUAUAUAAAUACCGUCUGUGAAUCAGUCAAGUCUUGGACCUGCCGCGUCUUUCUCUGCCAGAACUCAUGGAAGGUUAUCCCACAUCCUUCUUAGCUUAUGUGUGUGCUGUCAGCGUGGUAGGCACAGUCGCUUUCCUGAGACUAGCCAUGGCUGAAAUACAAUGGAAUCACCGCCUGAUUAUUUAUGUGAUUCUCCUUAUCGCCCUGGAGAGGAUUUGUUGCGUUUUCCUGGCAGGCUUUUCAGGAGUUCUAAUCUUCACAGCUGCAUGCUUCCUCGUUUUUCAGUCACUCUCCUCUCCCAAGUUACCUGUCCAAGGGAAGGCCGUGUUCAUAACAGGAUGUGAUUCAGGAUUUGGAAAGAUCAUGGCUCAACACUUUGACUCGCUGGGCCUUCAGGUUUUUGCUACGGUGCUGAAUACGGAAGGGCCAGGAGCAAAGGAACUGUUACAGGACUGUUCGCAACAGCUUACCCUGAUUCAGAUGGACCUCACAAAGCAAGAAGACAUUGACAAAGCCUUGCAAAUCACAAAGGACAAGCUCGGCGAAAAAGGUUUAUGGGGAUUGGUCAACAAUGCUGGCAAGUGCUUCAAUGUUAGUGAUGCCGAGCUCUCCGCCAUGUCCAGCUAUAGAGACUGUAUGGAAAUCAACUUCUUUGGCGCAGUGGAACUCACAAAGGGCUUCCUUCCAUUGAUACGUAAAACAAAAGGAAGAAUUGUGAAUGUUUCCAGUCCAGUGGGAGAGUUCCCGUUACCGUAUUUAUCAGCAUAUGCAGCUUCAAAAGCCGCACUCACUUUAUUCACAAAUAUUCUGCGCUUGGAGCUCAGUAGCUGGGGAGUGAAAGUCUGCACCAUACUGCCGGGAUUCUAUAAAACAGCUCCGUCAUAUAACGCUGAGUACUGGGAAAACCAGGUCCACCACCUGAUAAAAAACAUUUCUACAGAACUGCUGCAGGACUAUGGGGAAGAGUACAUGCUGGAAACAAAGGACUUGUUCCUAGAGUACAACACCACCGCCAAAGAGGACUUUAGCCCCGUGAUCGAGAGCAUCACAGACGCUAUCCUUUCAUCAAAUCCAAAACCAAGAUAUUACGCUGGAAAGGAGAUCAUCAUUAUGUACGUCUUCCUCUGUAUUUUACCCACGUCAUUAAGCGAUUUAAUCUUCAACAGGUUUUUCCUAUUUAAGAAAGUCUUACCCAAAGCUUUACAAAAAUAGACUGAUGCGAGAAAAGCCCCAAAAUGGACAUUUUCAUUCAAACAAUCAGUUUUGAUCGUUCUCAAUAUGUUGAUUUGUUCAUUUGAUUGGAAGGUGCGGACGUUGUUGACUGAAAAUGAUGAGAAAGUGGAUGGAGAGGACUAGAGUAAUGGUCGCCUUUGUUUCUGAUGGAGCAGAUUGCCCGAUCACAGGGAAUCUCCACCUGCCUGGCAGUGUUUAAAUCUCAUUGCAAUUGUUGGUAAUGAUGAAAAUUACCAAGGACAUGCUGCCAGGAGAUUUUGUGCAUAAAAUGCUGGGAGCGGAAACAUAGCAGGUUUCGAGUGUCUACAGGCCCAGUCAACACUUUCAAUGACACAACACUCAAUUGUUGGAUAUUAUUGUACACUCUAAGGAUGGGUUAGAUGUACUGCAUCCCAUGGAUUACUGCGGUGACAGGUUUAGGGUGGAUGGGGUUAGAAAAGGUUCAACUCUAAUGCUUUGUUGGCUGAUCUACUUAUGGCUGAGAGCAAUUUCAAAAAAAGCAUUCAUAAUUAUGAAAUCCAGUAUGAAUUCUAAAAUUAUUUAUUGCACAACAUUCUUAUGGUGCAAUCUAAAUUACUAGGAAAGCCUGCAAUGUUUUGGCAAGUUGUUUAAAUCAGUCUGAAGAAGGGUCCCGACCCGAAACGUCACCAAACCAUGUUCUCCAGGGAUGCUGCUUGACCCGCUGAGUCAAUGGUCUUUAUUGUCACGUAUGCACAGCACAGUGACAUUCUUACGCACAGUCGCCACAAUUUUGGCACUUUUUUUUUUUUAAAGGAAAAAAAAAUACAGGAAACACAAACAGUCUAAUGUGCAAAGUCCAGUCCAUGUAUUGGUCUAGUCCAAUCCAGGUAAGUCUAGGUAAGCCCGACCCGACAUCCCUCUCCUCUGCCAACUUCCUCUGUGUCCCGGAGGGCGCGUCCUGCAGCCGACCCAACCCAGACCUUCUCCUACUGGCCCACUCCUUGCAUCCGUCACCUACAGUGGCUCCCUCUUCACUCCAGCACUUUGUGUCUUUUUUUUGUUUAAGUCUUUUGUCAACUUGAUGAUAUCCUGAUUUUGGAGGUGUUGACCUAAAGUCCUGAACUUCACAGUCUAUAAACAUGUUUUUGAAUAGUUAGCAUAAUAGCUAAUAAUUAUGUUUAGGUGUAACAGUUGUUGCAUCUCCAAAGGUAAAUAAAUGGAGAAUAAGACAUAGGUAAUAUUUUUACAGAUAAUACUGAAGAGGGAAUGUUCCUUUUAUAAUCCCAACCUAUGCACAUGCCUGCAUUUUCAAAAGAACACCCAUAUUUAGACACAAAUUGCAUCAAAAAAGUCUAACUUUAUGUACCAUUGUUGCUUGACAUCAUUUAUUGCCACAUCUCUGAUGAAGGAGGUUCAAGACUUUCUGCUACUCUUUUGAAAUCGAAGCUUACUGGUAUAAAAUUAAAUUAAACGUGGAAUGUACAACAAAACAUUAUGGUGUGAAGAAUGUAUUGACUGUGGUGUUUUUAUUAUGUAUACUGGCUAUACAUUAUUUGUCAUGUGUAUAUUGAACUGUAAACUUUUUUGUCAUCUUAUCAAUGCCAAAGUUAUGAAUUUGUCAUGAGUCACAAUUUUAGCCCAUGAAAUAGUCACCACAGUGACUAACAUUUCCAAGAGUUAUUGAUUCAUAAAUUGCAUAAUUAUACUAUGCCAGGGGAAGGGGGGUUAAUGUUUCUUGAUGGCAGUGACAAAUCUUGCAGGAAAAGUUUAAUGCCUUGACCUACAAACUCUGAUUUAUGAAAAAUGUUCUGGGAUAAUUUUAGCAACUAGUACGGUACAAUGACCUGUUCCGCCAAAUUUAUUAUUAAUGCUACUUUUGUAUCUGUAAGGUACUUCAGAAAUAUAAAUGAACCAAUCCUUCAUUU